AUGGCAUUUACAAAAAGUUGGCGUGACACAAUUUUUCCGGGAAGCACUCCGGACUCCGCUAUAGAAGAAAUCAUUUCGGCGCCUGGACAGGUCGACGUUCUGGAAAAUUACGCCUCUGGUGAUAGUUCAGAAAACAGGGACCAUCCCUUACUUGGCUCAGGGGUUCCACAAAAGCGACUACUAACGGAGAAGGCUGGCCCUUCCACAGCUGCCUCACCCUAUGAUGAUCCAAACGAGGCUUCAGUCUUCAAGAGAAAGAGAAGAGAGCAUCAAGUCCACAUCCCUCCUCGAACGAACUAUCAUGAAUUCAUGGACCUUGACCAGGCCGGCACUGCCACGAUGGCUUGUGAAUAUGACAGAUCGGCCAAUAUAGUCGCGAUCAAGAGACUGAGAGGUAUUGAUGCAAGUUCGACGCAGCUAGGAAGACCGUUCGUGAGCGACACUGUGGUCAGCAUUAUUAACAUGUACUUUGAUGGUGAUCUUCUAACGAUCAUUUAUGAGCCCAUGGACAUAUCACUACGCAAAGUUACCAGUAUUUUGAAAAGCCCUCUGAAGCACUUCCACAUCGCGGCAAUCUGCAAGGAGCUCGUAGCAGGUCUCUCUUACAUCCAUGACAAUCUCUCCCACUAUCACGGUGACCUUAGCUGUGGUACGAUAAUGCUCAACCUUGACGGAUCAGUUAAGAUUGGUAAGUCAAAGUUCAGCUCUUCGCCACCGCAACUAAUGGCCAUAGCCAAUAUCGGAGAAUCUUUUGCACGAAACCGAAUUAUUACUGCAGAAACCAGACAACAUGACAUCCGUACUAUUGGCUUUGUCAUGAUGGAAUUGAUGGAGCCUACAACAUAUAUACUAGAUCCUCAAUCGGCGGGACUGCAGAAUCCUGGGAAAUGGAAGGAAGGCUGGGGGAUUAAAGAUUUCCUCAGAGCCACCCAACAUCAAUCGCUGGAGGGUUUGAAAAAUGUGAGUCUAGACCUUCAAAGAAGAUCAGCAAAUUCGACUAACUGA